AUGGUCUCAUUCAGCCAGCUGUUUACUCUGCUCUGUGUCCUGGUCGCCGUCUCUCGUGCCGACGAUGCAGCUAGCCCCAAGUCGGAGGGCGUAGAGGAGAAAUGGUUCUUCGGAAACAGAUACGGACUCUCGUCAUGCUAUGGCACCGGCUUUGGCCUCUGGGGCGGCUAUAGUCCUUUGUACCGCAGCUGGGCCGGGAUGUACAACCUCAACUACUUAUACGGAUACCAAGGCUUCGCCUACUCCCCCCUCCUUUUUGUCAAGGCGACUGAGGGGGCUCAAAGCGUUAGCCGACGUGCCAUCGCUCUUCAGGAUGCCGAACAGCUCAGCCGCCGAUCGGCCACCGAGUCCGUUGCUUGUGCUACCCACGGCAAAGCUCCGCAAACCUUCAUUGUCAAGCACUGUUUGGCUGCUGCCCAACAAUUGGUUGAGAAGAAGGUUUCGACCGCCACUCACGGCAGCUGUCAGUUGUCCCUUGUCCACGGCACGGAAAAAGUCGCUCCAGGCUCGAUCACGGUCAAGCAGCUCGAAGCGGGUGUUCACAACAUGUUACAAGCCUGCAGCGAAUCAGCCGAUGAAAAGGAAGCUUCGGCCAAGGGGGGCGCCAAACUCGACGACAAGCAAGCCGUUAUGAUCCUCUCUAGCCCCCAAUCAGCUUGA